CGGCUUAGAUUUGACGUGGCCACUACAAUACUCAUGCUUAGCUGCUUGAUCCAUGUUGAAUUUGUAAAGGCUCAGAUUGCCUUACUCGUCCUUCAGACACAGAAGAUGGCAGCUCUGAGCAUGGCAUCUUCGCUGGCCAUCGAUGGUUGUAACAGCAAUUUCAAUUAUAAAUAUGAUUUUAGCAAAUUCAGAGCACGGUCUUCCUCUAAUUUUCAUCACUGUACGCAAACGAAAUCAAAGAUGAAAACCCAUUUCUCAAAUUCUGGAAUCCAUUCUGCAUGCAGUCAAGGCUCAUGGAUGCAUCAUAGUUCCACACUUCAAGAUGUUACCAAAGGAACAAGUCAAUACCAAGUAAACUCUAUUUUCCCAACCAAACGGGCGGAAGUUUCCUCAGUACAGGAUCUUUUUGACUUUAUAUGUUCUGGUCCUCUCAUGGACAAGACUGGACUGACCUCAGAAAAGGUGGCGGAGUCCAUUGACAAGUGGAUAUAUUAUGGCUCUCUGCUUUGUCGAUUGUUUAAGCUCAAUGAACUUUACCUCAGUGUUCCUCAGAAAACUAGGAUUUACCACUACUAUAUACCAGUCUUCUUAUGGUGCGAAAACCAGAUUUCACAGCACAUGUCCACGUUUGAAGAUGGGGAAGAUAUACCUCCUUUAGUGAUUGGCUUUAGUGCCCCACAGGGUUGUGGAAAGACAACACUAGUCUUUGCUCUUGAUUAUCUUUUCCGAACGACUGGCAGGAAGUCUGCAACAUUGUCCAUAGAUGAUUUUUACUUGACGGCAGAGGGUCAGGUUAAAGUGAGAGAUGGAAACCCAGGGAAUGCGCUUCUAGAGUUUCGUGGAAAUGCUGGGAGCCAUGAUCUUCCACUAUCUAUUGAAAUAUUGACAGCUUUAAGCAAGUUGACUAAAGAAGGUAUGAAGAUGAAGCUUCCACGAUAUGACAAGUCUGCGUACAAUGGGAGGGGUGAUAGAGCUGAUCCUUCAAUAUGGCCAGAGGUUGAAGGGCCACUGAUGGUUGUUUUGUUCGAAGGUUGGAUGCUUGGUUUCAAACCUGUUCUAGACAAGGUUGUUAAAGCUGUUGAUCCCCAGCUAGAGACAAUAAAUAAAAAUCUUGAAGCAUACUAUGAUGCAUGGGACAAGUUCAUAAAGGCAUGGAUUGUCAUAAAAAUUCAGGAUCCAAAUUGUGUCUACGAGUGGCGUUUGCAGGCUGAGGUAGGCAUGAGGGAGGCAGGGAACCCAGGAAUGUCUGAUGAGGAGGUAAAAGACUUUGUUUCACGUUACUUGCCUGCAUACAAAGCCUACCUUCCCACCCUAUACUCUGAAGGACCAAAGGGGUCGGAUCCAAAUCACCUUCUAGUGAUUGAAAUUGAUGAAGGCCGGAAUCCCAUCCUUGCUACCUAACUAGAUAAAAUACUCAGAACCUCCAUCCUGGUCAAAACCAAAAUUUUCAUUUUGAAGAAGCUGAUUUUUAUAGGGCUGAUAUUGAGUUUUGGGUGUAUCCACUCAUGUAACAUUUUAUGUUUAUGUUCAAUGCAAUAAAUUAUUUUUUUGGAUUAAACUUUUCUCCUUGUCUUAAACAAUGGUUCUCUGAUGUUGACGUGGAUAGAAUGAAGCAAAGGUUCCAUU